AUGCCUCUCGUCGUCCCGGGAAUCACCCAGAGCGCCUCGGACCCGACCACCGAGUGGGCCACCAAGCUGGUGGGCAAGACGGUGUCGGAAGAUGGCCACAGCGAGACGAACUUCUGCAAGAAGGACUUGCCCCAGAAGUGCCGUGUCAUUAAGCCGGGCAUGAUGGUGACGAAGGAUUUCGUCGAGGACCGUCUGAACGUCCACGUCAAGGCCGACGGCACCUCGAAGCUCAAGUCGUCGGUGCAGCGGUCGCUGCGGCAGUCGCUGCUGGCGACGUACCCGCUGCUGGGGCGGCACAUCGACGAGAUCCUGCCGAGGAAGAGCUCGCUGGAGGCGAUGAAGCUGCCGGACCGGUGCACGCUGUACGUGCUGGAGGGGCAGCCGCUGUUCUUCCAGCACGACACGGCGACGCUGCUGCCGCACCUGCGGCUCGUGCACCGCUUCCCGGGCGCCUUCCCCAGCGUGCGCAUCGACCGCGGCGCCAUCCGCUUCGUCCUCUCCGGCGCCACGCUCAUGGCGCCCGGCCUGACCAGCCCCGGCGGCCGCCUGCCGCACCCGGAGGAGCCCCACCUCGACGCCGACGAGCGCUGGUCCCGCGAGCUGCCCCAGGGCGCGCCGGUCGUGGUCCGCGCCGAGGGCAAGACGGAGGCCUGCGCGGUCGGCUUCCUGCUGAUGGGCACGCGCGAGGUCCGCGAGAAGGGCAAGGGCCCUGUCAUCGAGGACGCGCACUACCUCGGCGACGGGCUGUGGCGGCUGAACGUCGACUAG